AUGAACGAUAACAUCAUCUCAUUGCCAACAAGAUCAAAAAUUUUUUGUUCUCAUGCUUCUGGACAAAUAUGGUCGCUUGACGAUAACCAAAUUGAAAGAGUGCCGUAUCUAUCUGCUCUAAUAUCAUCAGCAGGGUGUUUUCAAUCUAUUCGCGAUGAGAAUGGUUAUUAUAAAUUAGAUCCUUGGAUUCAGUCAACCUAUUUCUCCUUUAUUGUCGACUCAAUUUCUUUCCAUUCAAUACGACAGUUAUUCACACAUUUACCAAAGCAGUAUGAUGUUAUAGCAAUCGUUGCACUUUGCGAUUUUCUUGGUAUUGCACCUCAUCCAAACCCAACAUUUGAAGAAAUUGACUCAGCUUUUUUCUCAAGUUUAACAUACAAACCUUCAAUCAAUGAUUAUGUUCAAAUUAUUCGACCUGUGGAAAUGCAAGAUAUGGCUGUUCGAUUUGCUUUUGCGUUAGUUAAAGAAGAAUAUGAUUUCGCUCGGCGUGAUGUUAUGGAUCAAAUCUAUUGGUUUAUAAUGUUCAUCGAAAGUGCAUACGAAUUAUUUGGACCCCGUCUUCGUCAUCAUAUUUAUCGUAUUGCUGAACAUUGUUUCGCUCUUUUUAGUCGAGAUCUUUUGGAGCCACUUGGAAGGCUUAUUCAGCCUGCUGAUAAAGGAAUGAUUACUGUUUUAACGUCAAUCGAUGUUGAUCUUUGUUGCUAUGAAAAGGAUGAGCAAAUACCUUCCAUAAAUAUAUAUAGGGAACAUCCACUGUUCCUAGGACAGGUAGAGUUCCUAUGCGACUCUUCUUCAUUUUUCUAUCAACAAUUCUACCCAUGGCCUUGA